AUGAGUGGAGCAAAGUUCAUCCUCGGUACAUGGCUGGCCGCCGGCUUCGGCCUGCAGGCCCACGCCGGCCGGCCUGACCAUCAGAUCGAGUGCCCGGUGCAUCCCGUCGAGAUACUCGACUGUCCGGAGCCUCCGGUGCACGUCAUCAUCUGCCAUCAGCCAGCGGUGCUGAGCACCGUCGUUGAAAAGGAAACGACGCUCUACAUUGGCGGCAAGACCAUUGUCGUCGACAAAUGCCCGACCACCAUCAUCACCGAAGUCACGCUGACGGAAACGUCGACCAAGUACUUUACCAAGACAAUGAUAGGAGGAAACACCACCGAGUUCGAGACGACGACCACGAGCAUCACCGGUCGUUCCACGGGCACGCAGGGGGGCAGCAUCACCGGUCGAACCCGAUCUUCCACCACCGGCGUGUCGUCGACCGGAACGCAAGGCGGAACCAUUACUCGCAGAACAUCGUCCAGCACCGGCACGCAAGGAGGCACCAUCACCGAGAGAACGACGACACGUUCAUCUGGCACCGCAGGAGCGUCCACCGGCACAGGAGGAGGCACCAUCACCCAACGAACGACGACGCGUGCUUCUAGCUCUGCUGGCUCGUCCACCGGCACGGGAGGUGGCACCAUAACCCAGCGGACGACAACCGGUGCCUCCAGCUCCGUCGGCUCGUCCACCGGCACGGGAGGUGGUACCAUUACACAGCGAUCAACAACCAGUGCGUCGAGCUCUGCAGGAUCCUCCACGAGAACAGGGGGAGGCACCAUCACGCAACGAACCACCACCGGUGCGUCAAGCUCCAUUGCGUCAUCCACCGGCACGGGCGGUGGCACCAUAACCCAGCGGACGACAACCGGUGCCUCCAGCUCCGUCGGCUCGUCCACCGGCACGGGAGGUGGUACGAUUACACAGCGAUCAACAACCAGUGUGUCGAGCUCUGCAGGAUCCUCCACGGGAACAGGGGGAGGCACCAUCACGCAACGAACCACCACCGGUGCGUCAAGCUCCAUUGCGUCAUCCACCGGCACGGGCGGAGGCACCAUCACUCAGCGAACAACAGGUACGUGA